AUGGACUGGAGCCGCGUCCACCCAUUCUACCUUCCCGUCUGCAUCUGGUUCUGCCGACGCGACCGUCAACUGGAGCGAUGCGUCGUCCAUCGGAUCAUCCACCGCUUCACGAUGCUCAUCGUCCAGCUGAUCGUCUGCUUCGGCCUCUUCUCUUCAACUAUGGCUGCCGGUUACCCGGACAAAUCGAUCAAGCUGGGCUUGGGAACGGGCUCAAGCUGUCCAGCUGACCAUGUGACGUUCGUCGCGUCCGCCAUCGAGUACAAGCAUCAGCAAAAACCCGACGACAAAUUAAUCUCCAUCUACUUGACAACGAUUAGCGGGAUUCUGCCGUCUGAGCCAUUCCUAUUCUACCUGAAAAAGAGCGCCGACGAUCAACCGGUGAACAAGCCAAUCUGCAUCCACAUUCUCAACGCUACCACGCUGGCAUCGACAGACGACGCCAAAGAACGGUUACAAUUCGGGAUCUCCACCGCAUACUUAACAUUUGACCCUUUCAAAGCGCCCGCCACCUUCACUGCCGACCCCUUCGAUAACGUCAUCAAUUUUGACCAGAAUAACGAAGAAUACGCGGUGAAGAUGACGGUCACGCAGAGCUGUCCGACGGGCACCUACGGAUAUCUGUGUCAAAAGAAGUGUGAGUGCAGCGACAAGGCGUGUGACGUGAAGGGCGACGGCAAAUGCUCGGGCUCAUCAGACUCGAAUCUCGUGCUCAUCCUCGCCGUCGUCAUCCCCAUCAUUCUGCUCCUCGUCAUUGGUGUUGUCGUCUUCAUCAUGCUCAAGAAGAAACAAGGGGCUGCCAAGGCUCCUGUGAAGCCGUCCGCCCCGAAGUCGAUGGUGCAGAAGCCGUCUGCUGCGGCUUCGCCGGAAGGCAGCCCCGACGGCGGCAACAAGUCACCCGCCCCGCUCACCGACCUCAACUCGAACCCACCGGAGGAGCCCAAGCAGCCCGAGGCG